AUGGGGAAUUGUUGCAGAUCUCCGGCGGCCGUAGCUAGAGAAGAUGUGAAAUCGAGCUUCUCCGGUCACGAUCACGGCAAGAAAGACAGCACAGCUAAAAAGACACCGCAACCAAUCACAGUGCUAACCGGCGUCCCCAAGGAGAAUAUAGAGGAGCGGUAUUUAGUAGAUCGUGAACUAGGUCGGGGAGAAUUUGGAGUAACAUAUCUGUGUAUAGAACGAGACUCGAGAGAGUUACUUGCGUGUAAGAGUAUUUCGAAGAGGAAGUUGAGGACUACUGUGGAUAUUGAAGAUGUGAGACGAGAAGUAGCGAUAAUGAAGCAUUUGCCGAAGAAUUCGAGUAUUGUGAGUUUGAAAGAAGCAUGUGAGGAUGAUAAUGCGGUGCAUUUGGUUAUGGAGUUGUGUGAAGGAGGCGAAUUGUUUGAUAGAAUUGUUGCUAGAGGUCAUUAUAAUGAAAGAGCGGCCGCGGCGGUUACGAAAACGAUCGUUGAGGUUGUGCAAUUGUGUCAUAAACAUGGUGUGAUUCAUAGGGAUUUGAAGCCGGAGAAUUUUUUGUUCGCGAAUAAGAAAGAGAAUUCGCCUUUGAAAGCUAUUGAUUUUGGCUUGUCUAUUUUCUUCAAGCCAGGCGAGAGGUUCUCAGAAAUUGUUGGAAGUCCUUAUUACAUGGCUCCAGAGGUGCUCAAGCGGAACUAUGGGCCAGAAAUUGAUAUAUGGAGUGCAGGGGUCAUUCUUUACAUCUUGUUGUGCGGUGUUCCACCAUUUUGGGCUGAGUCUGAGCAAGGAGUUGCACAGGCCAUUCUUCGUGGGAUUAUAGAUUUCAAACGGGAUCCAUGGCCAAAUAUUUCGGAAACUGCUAAGAGUCUAGUGAGGCAAAUGUUGGAGCCAGACCCAAAGCUUCGACUAACUGCAAAACAAGUGUUAGAGCAUCCUUGGCUCCUAAAUGCUAAGAAAGCUCCAAAUGUUCCUCUUGGAGAUGUUGUCAAGUCAAGACUUAAGCAGUUUUCAAUGAUGAACAGAUUCAAAAGAAAAGCCCUUAGGGUUAUCGCUGAUUUCUUAUCCACUGAAGAAGUUGAAGACAUCAAAGAAAUGUUCAAGAAGAUGGAUACUGAUAAUGAUGGUAUCGUUUCAAUUGAAGAGUUGAAAACUGGACUUCGAAAUUUUGGUUCCCAGCUUGCAGAGUCUGAAGUUCAGAUGCUUAUUGAAGCUGUAGAUGCUAAUGGGAAAGUUGAACUAGACUAUGGGGAGUUUCUUGCUGUUUCCCUUCAUCUCCAAAGGAUGGCCAAUGAUGAGCAUAUUCACAAGGCAUUCUCCUACUUUGACAAGGAUGGAAAUGGUUACAUCGAACCAGAUGAGCUCCGGGAUGCCCUGAUGGAAGAUGGAGCAGAUGAUUGUACAGAUGUGGCAAAUGACAUAUUCCAAGAAGUAGACAGUGACAAGGAUGGAAGAAUCAGCUAUGAUGAAUUUGUCGCCAUGAUGAAAACUGGAACAGAUUGGAGGAAAGCUUCCCGUCAUUACUCUAGAGGGAGAUUCAACAGUCUAAGCAUGAAGCUCAUGAAGGAUGGUUCACUAAACUUGGGGAGUGAGUAA